AGAAAUGCGAGUGAGCGAGAGAGAGAGAGAGAGAGAGAGAGUGACGAACGAUGAAGGACAAAGUCUUGUCUGCCCACUCCCACUGCGGAUUUGAGCUUCUCUGAGAGUGUUUCAUUUCAUUUCAUUUGAAGACGCCGAAAAGAACAGGUUCUCUCCUCAUCUAUACACCCGAUCAUCUCCGCGAGAAUGAGCAGCUCCCCGUGAAUGAGUCGCGGCUUCUCCGUGAAAUCUCGUAUUAGUACUCGAGGAAGCUAAAACAGAGCUCUAGUUUUUUAGCUUUGCAGGCCGAAAUGGAAGAUAUCAAGAACGAGAAUGUCGACCUGGAGCACAUACCAGUUGACGAAGUUUUUGAACAUCUAAAAUGCGCGAGAGAAGGUUUGACCGAAGAGGAAGCAAAGAAGAGACAGGAAGUAUUUGGCCUCAAUAAGCUGGAAGAGAAAAAGGAAAACAAGAUCCUGAAAUUCUUGGGAUUCAUGUGGAACCCCCUCUCCUGGGUUAUGGAGCUUGCUGCUCUCAUGGCUAUUGCUUUGGCCAACGGAGGGGGCGAACCACCAGACUGGCAAGACUUUGUAGGUAUAAUAGCACUUCUUCUGAUCAAUUCCACUAUAAGCUUUAUUGAGGAGAACAAUGCCGGCAAUGCCGCAGCAUCUCUUAUGGCCGGUCUUGCUCCUAAGACAAAGGUUCUAAGAGAUGGAAGGUGGUCUGAGCAAGACGCUGCAGUUUUGGUUCCUGGAGAUGUGAUCAGUAUCAAGCUAGGAGAUAUUAUCCCAGCAGAUGCUCGGCUUUUGGAGGGAGACCCCCUUAAGAUUGAUCAAUCUGCCCUAACAGGUGAAUCUCUGCCUGUGACAAAGAACCCUGGAGAUGGGAUAUUCUCUGGGUCUACUUGCAAGCAGGGAGAGAUUGAGGCUGUAGUAAUUGCCACUGGGGUUCAUACCUUCUUUGGAAAGGCUGCUCAUCUUGUAGAUAGCACCAACCAAGUAGGACACUUCCAAAAGGUAUUGACAGCAAUUGGCAACUUCUGCAUUUGCUCCAUUGCCACCGGCAUGAUCGUGGAGCUCAUAGUCAUGUACCCAAUUCAGCAUCGCAAGUACAGAGAUGGCAUUAACAAUCUCUUGGUGCUCCUUAUUGGCGGCAUUCCUAUUGCCAUGCCGACGGUCUUGUCCGUGACAAUGGCUAUCGGCUCCCAUCGACUGUCACAGCAAGGUGCCAUCACUAAGCGGAUGACAGCAAUUGAAGAGAUGGCCGGAAUGGACGUCCUCUGUAGCGAUAAGACCGGAACUCUUACUCUUAACAAGCUCACAGUAGACAAGAACCUGAUUGAGGUAUUCGCAAAGGAUGUGGACAAGGAUACUGUUGUUUUGCUUGGCGCCAGGGCAUCCAGGGUUGAGAACCAAGAUGCGAUUGAUGCUUGUAUUGUUGGAAUGUUGGGUGACCCAAAGGAGGCCAGAACCGGCAUAACUGAGGUGCAUUUCUUGCCCUUUAACCCUGUGGAUAAACGAACAGCCAUAACAUAUGUCGACUCCGACGGUAACUGGCACCGAGUUAGCAAAGGAGCACCAGAGCAAAUUAUUGAUCUCUGCAAACUCCGAGAGGAUGUUAGGAAGAAAGUUCAUGCCAUCAUAGACAAGUUUGCGGAACGUGGUCUUCGCUCCUUGGCUGUUGCCAAACAGACUGUACCCGAUAAAACCAAAGAAAGUGAAGGAGGACCAUGGCAAUUUGUGGGUCUCUUACCACUUUUCGAUCCUCCGAGGCAUGAUAGUGCAGAAACAAUCAAACGCGCACUUAAUCUUGGUGUAAAUGUAAAGAUGAUCACUGGUGACCAGCUGGCAAUAGGUAAAGAGACGGGUCGGAGAUUGGGCAUGGGAACUAAUAUGUACCCUUCAUCUAGCCUCCUUGGGCAGCACAAGGAUGAGUCCAUCGCCACUCUCCCUGUCGAUGAGCUCAUAGAGAAGGCGGAUGGCUUUGCUGGCGUUUUUCCCGAGCACAAGUACGAGAUCGUGAAGAGGCUGCAAGACAUGAAGCACAUAUGUGGAAUGACAGGCGAUGGUGUGAAUGAUGCCCCAGCUCUAAAGAAGGCUGACAUUGGGAUUGCUGUAGCUGACGCGACAGAUGCUGCCCGGAGUGCAUCUGACAUAGUCCUGACAGAACCGGGUCUGAGCGUGAUCAUAAGUGCAGUCUUAACGAGCAGAGCCAUCUUCCAGAGAAUGAAAAACUACACCAUCUAUGCUGUUUCUAUCACGAUUAGAAUCGUCUUGGGUUUUCUGCUACUUGCUCUCAUAUGGAAAUAUGAUUUCUCACCUUUCAUGGUCCUAAUCAUUGCCAUACUCAAUGAUGGAACCAUAAUGACCAUAUCAAAAGACAGGGUGAAGCCAUCUCCUGGUCCAGACUCGUGGAAGCUUCGGGAGAUAUUUGCCACUGGAAUUGUGCUGGGGACCUACUUAGCUGUCAUGACAGUUGUUUUCUUCUGGGCUGCUCAUAAAACUGACUUCUUCUCGGAUAAAUUUGGGGUGAGGUCAAUCAGGAACAACAGAGAUGAACUCACAGCGGCUGUCUACCUCCAAGUCAGUAUUGUGAGCCAGGCACUCAUCUUCGUCACUCGUUCCCGGAGCUGGUCAUGCCUUGAGCGCCCGGGUCUCUUGCUCGUGACUGCCUUCAUUGUUGCCCAACUGAUUGCAACUAUCAUUGCUGUCUAUGCAAAUUGGGGAUUCGCCAAGAUCCAUGGGAUUGGCUGGGGAUGGGCUGGGGUUAUAUGGAUCUAUAGCAUCAUCUUUUACAUCCCGCUGGAUUUUCUCAAGUUCAUCAUCCGCUACGCAUUGAGUGGGAGGGCUUGGGAUAACCUUCUACAGAAUAAGACUGCUUUCACGUCAAAGAAGGAUUACGGAAAGGGGGAGCGAGAGGCACAAUGGGCUCGGGAUCAGCGAACCCUCCACGGUCUCCAGCCACCUGACACCUCCGAACUCUUCAACGAGAAAAACAACUACCGAGAACUGUCUGAAAUCGCAGAACAGGCUAAGAGGCGCGCAGAGGUUGCAAGGUUGAGAGAGCUUCAUACGCUGAAGGGCCACGUCGAGUCAGUCGUGAAGCUCAAGGGACUUGACAUUGAGACCAUUCAACAGCACUACACCGUCUGAAUGGUGGGGGGAAACCAGCACAAGCGUUGUACGGCUGUUUGGUGACUCGAACUUUUUUCAUCGAGAAAACUGGCGGUAGAGAUAAAAGACUCUGGCGACUGAAGUUGCUGCAUUUGUUAUUUACUUCUCCUUUGCUAGAUAUGCAACAUGAGAAUAAUCCGACCAGUUUGGAUUGUCGGAGACAAACCAACCAUUGCUCUUAGACACGGGUACUUUUAUCAGUUCCGAGUGUAAUGGAUUUCUUCUUUAAUGAUGAUCUCUGUCCCUCCCAGUUUUGCGCC